AUGAAUCGUAGCAAUAACUAUGGUACUAAUGGUACUAAUGAGUUUGUCAUUGAAUGGAAUCAGUCAUAUGAUACUCACAUCCAGGUUAUUGUUUGGAUAGCAGUAACGAUAUUAAGCUUGGAAACAAUUAUAGGUAAUGCUAUGGUGAUAAUUGCGUAUAAAAUAGAGCAGUCAAUUAGUGACCGUUGGCCACUUGGUUGGUUGACAUGUGAAACGUGGUUAUUUCUGGACUAUACAUUGUGCCUUGUUUCAAUUUUAACUGUUCUUUUAAUCACCAUUGAUCGAUAUUUAUCGGUAUGCCAUACAGCUUUUUAUAUCAAAUGGCAAACUCCUGUAAAAACUCAAAUUGCAAUUUCUCUUUCGUGGAUAAUGCCAGCAUUUAUGUUCGGAUUCAUGAUUUAUGGCUGGUCAUUAUUUUCAGAUGAUUCUAAAAGUCUAAUUAAUGGCGAAUGUGCUGCGCCAUUUUUAUCGAAUCCUUAUGUUAAUAUGUCAAUGUAUCUUGCAUAUUACUGGACGACCUUACUAGCAAUGCUGAUUCUUUAUAAGGGAAUUCAUCAAGCAUCAAAAAAACUCGAGAAGCGAGGAGCAGAAAGCGCAAGACGUCACAUGGCAUUGAUCAUAGGCCAAAGACUUGGCACCCAAGUCGGUGUGUCAUUGACUUUAUCAAAACCAAAAGGAGACGGAGAUAAGCUUAUCGAAGAAAAACAUAAUAAUAUCGAAAAUAUUGCUAAGGAUAGUGGUUAUCAUACAAUUAUCACUUAUAAUACUGCUAUUGCCAAUGCAGGAGGAAGUAAUGAACUUGAAUUUUGCAAGCUUAUUCCAAGUAUAGAUGAAGGAGAAGCAUCCAGCGAUACCGAGGGAAAUGAAAGUCAAAGUCAAGAAAACAAAAAUAUUUCAAGAUUAGAGGCGACAAAAAAACUUAGUAACAAUUUGGAAGUGAAAAAUUUGGAGCCAAUACUUUACCACAGCGAACCAAUCAGUGGAAUUGAAUCAUCUAUGGAGGGCUCUGAUCAUCGAAUAAAAAAUUAUUCAUCGGCAUUUUUUAAUGACGAUAGCUUCAGUUCAGCAUUACAUUUGGGGAUUCCAAAGCAUGCAAUGGAAUGCGACUUGGAUCUCAACUUUUCCGAUACAAGAUCGCUAGAAUCGAUAGACAAUCGGGAUUGUUUAAUCGUGCAUAAUCCCGUAUUUUCUGGAUAA